AUGGGACCCAAAGCCUACCUAUCACUCCUCCUCCUCCUCACCGUGGCCAUCGCCUGCGCUGCACCAAUCCGUCGCCCGAUUUCGGCCCUCCACACCCGCCGGGACCCAGGACCAGACGCAGCAGCAGAAAGCCUCGACUCACUGUUACCGUCGCCGUUGGACUUGCCGUUGCCCAAGCCGGAGCCCCUAGAUGUCGAUAGCAUGCUUGCGCAUUCGCCGCUCAGUGACUUUUACAAGAUCAUUAAGGAGGAGGUUAAAGUUGAUAUGCCGAAUAUGAGGCAUAAGAAUCGGCCUGUAUGA